UAAACAACUUUCGUCAUAUCGGACGUGAUUCUAAAGCUAUAUAUUGAGUUCAAAACGAUUGUUCAUAGAUGCUUAAUCGUUGAAUAAAUAUUUGAGCGGAAAAAUGGAUUUUGAAGUUUUUCAUUUAAAUGUAAGACAUUUUCCAAGAUUUAAGUAUGCUUUAAAACAUUCUAGAGAGCCUCUGGAACGGUAUUAUAGCAUUUUCAAUAAAUAUCUUGAAAGGGAUGAAAAUAAAUCAGUGCCUGAGAAAGUUCACUUUUUUAUUUCAAAUAAAGAAGAUCAAGGAAAAUGUCUCGUCGAAGUUAAAGAUAUCGUGAAUAAAAGUGAAGAAAUUGAAAAACAUGAUGUGUUGAAAGGUGUGAACUUAAAAUAUCUUUUAGACUUUCCUGAGGAAAAGCAGGACUGUAUUUCAUUAUUAAUACUUCCUGCGGAUGCCAGAGCUGAGCUAGCUAGUCUUCUUAGUAUCAUCAGUACCCAAAGUCGUAUUGUUUUCAUUACAAGAAAUGAACUGGAAGAGAAGGUUCUUAAAGAAACGUUCAGAAGAGACAAAUAUGAAAAUGUAUAUGUAACUACAAAGGCAGAUAUUGCACAGGACAUAGGCAAUUUGUUAGAAGAUAUUGCACUUAAACCAUUGAAAGAACCAUGCGAACAUUUGGACAAACUGUUACAUUAUGAUCAUGAAUCUUUGAUUAAGUCGGUAGUUACUGUACCAACCCCUAGCAAAGAGCGGAGAGAUACAAUAAAAACUAGACAAAGUCUUCGUUUGAUGAAACAGAAGCACGCUAAAACCAUUAGAUACGACAGUUCUGAUCAUGAACAAGAAAUGGCUAAUUUGCUGUUUUCUAAGCGGUUGCGACUAAGAAAUGGCAAUAACAAAAUAUCUCUUACCAGGAAACCGGGUAAAUGUAAUGGUGGUAUAAUACCUGGGGCAUAUGAAAAACAAGAAGGACACAAUUAUAAGUAUACAAAGCUUGUGCAUGUCGAUAAACAGAAGAUAGAAAGUCUACUGGAAGAGAUCUUAGCUUUGUAUGACAUCAGCAAUGUACCCGACUCAGAAAAACCCAAUCUUACAAAACACAAGAAUGUUAAAGUUACUCCAGAGCUUUACCAAGAUUUGUUUGCCAUAAGUCCUACAAUUAAAAGAAUGGGAUACCGAUAUAGCAAAUUCCGCAUUUAUGCACUGGAAAUCAAUGAUGAAGAAAAUAAGACAAAACGCAAUAACGAAAUAGAGGAAGUGUUGCAUAGAAACGGCAUUUUUGAUUAUGAGAUAGCACAAUGUACUAAAAAUGUCAAACCAUUAAUGUAUGUUGGAGCAAGCGUCGAGGCAAGAUCAGACACGUCAAUAUCUGUUAGAACCAGAAGAUCCAGCUCAUCUGUAAGGAAACGUGGCACACUUGGAUGCUUUGUAAAUUUAAAGCAAGGACAAAGACGAUCGAGGAGUAAACAGUGCGCUAUUCUCGCAAGGCAUGUUGCAGAGCACUGCAAUGAUUUGUAUCAUGUAUCUGAUGGUCGAGAUCGCAAAAUUGGAAGUAUCAUACCGGCGACAUGUGUAAAGGAGCACGGAAGUCUGGAUAUUGCAGCUGCCGAAAUGCAUGAACAACCUGAUGUAGACGGUAUAAGAUUUAAAGACUCUGAUAGAAACUUGCUACCUGGCAGAAUGCACGAAUACAGAGGUGGAGACAGAAUCAUUCGUAAAGGAAGAAAGGUAUAUAUUUGGGGAGCGACCUCUAACCCCGGACGUGGCAUAAUAACAGCACCAGAAAUUAUUAUCGACGGAAUGAAAGAUCCUUUGAUACAAAUUGAAGACAAAGAUGAAAAUGAAGGAACACAUUUUGCUAGAGAAGGAGAUAGUGGAGCAAUAGUUUGCGCUGAUGAUCCUGAGGAAAAAUGUGUCCAUGCUCUGGCAAUGGUUGUAGGCUCUUCGUCAGCGAGUCAGACGAAACGGGAAUAUCUAACAAUUCCAUUAUCAAGAGGGCUAGCACAAAUACAAGACCAAACUGGAAAACAUGUAGAAUUAUGCUGAUUCUAAUAAUUAUUCUAAUAAUUAAGCAUAUGUUGGUGUUGUUUUUUUGUCUGCCAAAAUAUGUAGACAUAUAUCAGUGUAUAUUUGUGAUUGUAUUUCUCUACACGUAUUUAUGUGGACUUACUAGACUUACCAACAAGAAAUGGAGAAAAUGAGGCCGCGAUCAUAUUGAAUAGGACAAGUAUUUGCACGAUGGGGAAAAUAUUUCAUGAUGGACCUGUCAAUUCUUUACUUAUGGAUGAAACAGGUCUCAUAAGCGUAAAUACGACUAGCUUCUACUGAUUAUAAAACAUACCGUACGAUUUGUUGUGAAUCAACUGUUGUUGUACUUUUAGUAGUUCAACCGCCACCCUUGUUUAAGAGCAACAUUUAAAAAACACGUCUUUUUUUCAUCCUCAAGUAAUAAGUAAGUAGACUCGCCCAGUUUAAUCAAUCUAGACGCAUAAUCUACAUAGAGGGCUUACUUCACCCGAUUUACAUUCGGAACAUUUUCACGCGUUUCGGGCUUUAUCGUAUGUUUAACAUGGGGUUUUUCAACCGUCCAAAGAUUUUGGAAAUGUUUGUCUCAUUGUUUAUUUUGUUUUAAUAAAAAUGUUACUGCUUUCAUUGUCUACCACUU